AUUCUUCUCUUAAUUAAAAAAAAAGUAAAUUAAAAAAAAAACAAAAAACCAAUUAGGAUGUGCCACGUAACACUUGUAACCGGUUGUACUGGUAGUCAACCUCCAAGAGUUGCUGUGAGAAAAAGGGGGGCAAAGGUUGGAUUAAUGAGGAAUAAUAAAAAGGUGGGAUUAAUCUGGGAGAACGGACAAAAGGUGGGAUUAUUCCUGUUAAAUUUUCCUAACUAUAAUUCAAAGUUAACGUUUAUUUUAAUGUUUUUUACUACAUCAGGUUACAAAAGUAACACUUUCAAAGUUGAAGGUUACCAAAUAUAAUUCAAAUAUAAAGUGGCUACUAAUGCAAAUAAACAAAAGUUGAUGACUACCACUGAAAAUUUUCACUUUUUUUUUACUAAAAUUUAUGAUCCAACUAACCCGAAAAAAAAAACAGAAAAACCCGGAUAAGAAUGGGCUAAUGGUUGUGGCCUUUUUAAUUGAUUCGGGCAGCCGAAAGGCCUAAAGUAUUGAUACCGAUAAAUUACAAGGGCAUAAAGCAUAAAUAACAUAACGUUUUCUCCAGUUUACAAUUAAUUCGCAAAUCUAAUUGGGCAGUAAUCUCUUGAUCUUCGAUUUUUAGGGGUUAAUUAUAUUGAUUGAAGAAUACCAAUUUUGUUGCAAUACAAAUUUUACAUACACGAAUAGUGAGAAAUUUGGGAAAUGGACUGCACCAAUGAAGUUCUGGAAGAGCUGCUGAAUGUGGAAGCCGAGCUUCAAGAUGUUCAAGAUCAAAUAAAGCUACUGCUAGAUCAGCAAGAAAAUUUGUAUGCCAGACAAUCUGAACUAAAGGCACUCCUUGAAAAUUGUGAGGCAUCAGGUAGCCACCGUAACGAUGGUGCCUCAACCGCUCCAGAGGAUUGGUCGGGGUCUUUUGGUUGGGAUUCUGAGGCUGAGGAUCUCCGACUAAACAUUUUUGGCAUUUCUUCAUAUCGUGCAAAUCAACGGGAGAUAAUAAAUGCAGUCAUGAGUGGUAGAGAUGUAUUGGUGAUUAUGGCUGCAGGUGGUGGCAAAAGUCUCUGUUACCAGCUUCCAGCUGUACUUCGUGAUGGGGUUUGCCUUGUAGUCAGUCCUCUGCUUUCUUUGAUCCAAGAUCAGGUGAUGGGCCUGACUGCUUUAGGUGUUCCAGCAUACAUGUUGACUUCGACUACUAGCAAGGAAGAUGAGAAGUUCAUAUACAAGGCUCUUGAAAAGAAUGAAGGAGACCUCAAGAUAUUGUACGUCACACCAGAGAAGAUAUCUAAGAGUAAAAGAUUUAUGUCAAAGCUUGAAAAGUGCCACCAUGCUGGCCGUCUUUCGCUCAUAGCAAUAGAUGAGGCACAUUGCUGCAGUCAGUGGGGUCAUGAUUUCCGUCCUGACUACAAGAACCUUGGUAUUUUGAAGACUCAAUUUCCAACAGUUCCUGUUAUUGCUUUAACGGCAACUGCUACAAAGAAAGUCCAACUUGAUCUGAUUGAGAUGUUGCAUAUACAAAAAUGUGUAAAAUUUGUUAGCAGUGUGAACAGGCCAAAUUUGUUUUAUAUGGUGAGGGAGAAGUCAUCAGUUGGAAAGGUAGUGGUUGAUGAAAUUGCUGAUUUUAUUAGUGGAUCAUAUCCAAAUAAUGAAUCAGGAAUAGUUUACUGCUUCUCUAGGAAAGAAUGUGAGCAGGUUGCAAAGGAACUACGUGAAAAGAGAAUUAAAGCUGAUUUUUACCAUGCUGAUAUGGAAGUUAGAGACCGUGAAAAUGUUCACAUGCGGUGGAGCAAUGGCAAAUUACAGGUCAUUGUUGGGACAGUGGCAUUUGGCAUGGGAAUUAACAAACCUGAUGUCAGGUUUGUUAUUCAUCACAGUCUGAGCAAAUCUAUGGAGACAUAUUACCAGGAAAGUGGACGUGCUGGACGUGAUGGACUUCCGGCAGAAUGCCUUCUCUACUACAGGCCUGCUGACAUGCCUAGGCAGAGUUCAAUGGUCUUCUAUGAGAACGCCGGUCUGCAGAAUCUCUAUGACAUAGUACGGUAUUGUCAGUCAAGGACUGGGUGCAGGCGAGCUGCAUUUUUCAAACAUUUUGCUGAACCACUGCUAGAUUGCAAUGGGAUGUGUGACAAUUGUGUAUCUUCUAGUGAGAUCAAAGACAUUGAUGUCUCCUGUCAUGCGAAAGCUGUGAUUUCUUUGAUACAAAGUAUACAAGAAAAAGAUCAGAGAGUCACAAUGUUGCAAUUGGUUGACAAGAUGAAAGUAAAACAGAAAGACUUAGAUCCAGACCUGAAAAGAGAUCAUAUGGAGCAACUUGUCAUCCAACUAAUUAUAGAUCGUGUUUUGAAAGAAGAAUUUCAACACACAGCGUACACAACAAAUGCUUACGUGACAUUAGGUCCAUUGGGAAAACAGGUCUUACAAGGAAUGAAAACUGUGAAGCUUCAAAUCUACUGUGGUAAGGAAAUUAAAGCUGGGGUUAUGAAGUCUGCUAAGCGGAAAUCAGCAUCAUCCAAUUUGGAAUACGGGCUGGAUGAGCUGCGUAAGGAACUUGCUUCACUUCAUGGAGGAAUAUUCCCUCAUUCUAUAUUAUCUACUCAGCAGAUCAGCAUGCUAGCUGCUGAGAAACCAGAUUCAAUAGAACAGUUGGAGAAGAUAAUUGGGAAGGUGAAAAGUGGAAAGUAUGGAAGUAGAAUCCUUGAAGAAAUUGCCCAUAGCUCUGCAUUAGAGAAUCCUGAUCCUGAAAUCAAUAAAGAACAAGACAAUAGAGCUUCAAAAAAGGCAAAGACAAAAACUCCUGUUCUUAUAGAAUGCAGCGAAGAUGACGAAUAACAUAUAUAGCUUAGUGAGACGGAUAAUAUAACUAUCAAUCAGUACUAUAUUGAUAUAAUCGCACCAUUUUGACUUUAGGUACUAUUUACUUGUCUUACUUUCACCAUAUUUUUCAACUGAUAUAUUAUAACAAAUAAGAUAGUCUGGUAUUUGCUUUCUUC